AUGAAGGUGGUUAAAUUCCAAUUGGUAUUGGUCGUAUGUUAUGUUUUCGUGAUAUUUGUCAUGGCCGGUUCCAAUGACACGAUAAGCAACAGGAGGGUUUUAACGAGGCAUAAGAGACACAACGGACCAUGUGUAGCCCAUAACUUAAUCGACAAAUGUUGGCGAUGUGACCCUAAAUGGGCAGACAACCGUCAAAGGAUAGCAGAUUGUGCUCAAGGGUUUGGUCACAAUGCCAAAGGCGGAAAAGGUGGCAAAUUCUACGUCGUUACUAGUGCACAAGACAAUGACAUGGUCAACCCUAAACCAGGCACCCUCCGGCAUGCUGUUCUCCAACCUGGACCGCUUUGGAUCAUAUUCAAUCGCCACAUGAACAUCAAGCUCCGACAGGAGCUCAUUUUUACUAGCGAUAAGACUGUUGAUGGACGUGGAUUUCACAUUCACAUCUUUGGUGGUGCUGGAAUUAUGUUGCAAAACAUCAGAAACGUCAUUAUUUUCAACAUCCAUUUGUAUGAUAUCACACCAGCAAGUGGCGGCAUGAUUAGAUCAACUCCUGAUCAUGUUGGAAUCAGAGGAGCAAGCGAUGGAGAUGCAAUUUGUAUAUUCGGAUCCACGGACAUUUGGAUCGAUCACUGCUCCUUCAUUGGCUCAUAUGAUGGCCUUAUUGACAUUGUUGCUCGUUCCACAGACAUCACUGUCUCUAAUAACCAUUUUGUCAGACACGAUAAGGCUCUGCUAUUUGGUGCAAGUGAUGAGACUCCAGAUGAAAAUAUGAGAGUUACACUCGCUUAUAACCACUUUGGAAAAGGACUUACACAAAGAUUACCUGCAGUUCGAUGGGGAUUUGUUCAUGUUGUAAACAAUGAUUACACAAUGUGGAAGAGCUAUGCGAUCGGAGGUGCACAGGGUGCCACCAUCAUUAGCCAGGGGAACCGCUACAAAGCAGAACACGGUGCAGCCAAGGAGGUGACUCACAGAAAUCAAGCUAAAAAAGAAGAAUGGAUCAAGUGGACAUGGAGAUCAGAGGGAGAUCUGAUGCUAAAUGGAGCAUUCUUUGUUAAUUCUGGAAACCCAAACUGGGCAGCGCAAUAUAAGGGUUACCCAUUGUUAAAAGCUGAACCAGCUCAUAGGGUUCACGACCUGACAAGUUUUGCCGGUGCUGCCCUUGGAUGCAGAGUAGGAUUACCUUGUUAAGCUCUGUGCUGCUGCGUUGUUGGCCGGAGAAUUUUGGAUGGCUUAUUAGAUUCUAGCACUGAUGUAUAUAUAGAUGUUUGUUUCCUUUUGCUGUUUAGGAAUCAACUGAAAACAAGAUUCAAAUCACUGAAAAAAUUAUGUAGAUUUUUGUGUGUAUAGUUAUUCCAAUGUGUUUCUCAUUUCUCCCUCUUAUGUUUUCAUCAU